AUGUCACUUUUGAGUGCACCAAGAACGCCCAACGACCGAUUGGCGAUCCUAUUCCCAGAAACAAAAGCACACCCUCAGUUGCAGUGGAUACACUGUCAACGCCCGGAAAGGGAUGAAUAUUCUCAAGAGAGAUCUCAGAGAGCAGAGGUUGAUUCAUUCUUUGGCCAGAAUGCGCUCGUCUCAAGAUCUUUCGUACGUCACAAUGCACGCCGCGGUCGUAACCUCAGGAACACCCUUGUGGUUAAUUACAGGGAUCGCUUUUUAAAAGACGGUUCUAAAAGGAAUGAAAGCAUUAUACGCUGUGUUGGAUCAACAGAGACAGCACCACACGAUUGGCGAGGCCCUAUACUCGUUCUUCGGGAGUCCCGCGGUGUAUAUGAAAACAUCACUCUUGAUGACUUUCGUAAUAUCGUGGACUACUUUGCGACAUACAAUUCCUCCAGGGUUAUCGAGUACGACCACAUUAGCCAGAAGACACUGGGAAAGAGCCAGUGCGAACUCAUGGGCGUCAAAAUCAAUAGCGAUGGCGAGAUGGAGCUGCACGGAAGUCCUAGAUUCGUUCCCGUCGGAAUUCCCAGAGAACACCCUAUACGCACGCUACCCGGUGAUAUGAAUAUAAGGGCAUCAAUCUCCCACAAGAUAGGAAUACCGCUACGGCUCUGGCAGACAAUGAAGUGGGAAUCCGCCUUGACUUUCACAGAAACUAUGAACUUCGAUUCCUUGGGAUGCAAUCUAUCUAACAACCAGGCCGUGACAUUUCUCACGACUGAGAUAGAUCCGCAUAGCUCGAAUUGGGGAUUCUCGUCAAUGAACUAUUUUGGUGAUAUUGGGAAUGUCAUCGCUGCUCGGGAGGACGGGCAAAAUAUUACUAUCGAAGAAGUUGAAGACAUUUGUGAAUUUUCGCAGAACAUCAUGGGUCCCAAGUUCGAGGAAGCUUUGGAGGCUAGCGGCCCUGAGGAUUUCGCUCAGGCUAAAGCCGCUAUUGAUUCUUUGUUAACACCGGAAAGCUUCAGAGUCUUCCAAGGGGGCCGUCGCAAUGGAGCAAUUGAUACCUACUAG